AUGCUAAUUGCGCGUCAUCCGCUACAUACUCUGCCAAUGUCAUCGAUCCAAAGGCCGACUCGAAGGUUAAGCGCGCGAAAUCACCAGAAAGAUGACGCGACAGUCUAUUCAACCCAGGAACAAGGGAACCGAAAUGCGAAGACCACUGUUAGCGCUUCCGAUACGGUAGCUGCGCAAGCAGCCACAGCCCGUAAUGAGAAGAAAAGGAAAAUGGAUUAUGACGAGGAGGAUGAUGGGUUUCAGUUUAAACGCGUCAAAAAGAAGCCGCCUCCACGGAAACAAAUAGAGAAAGGGAGAGAUGGCUCAUCACCCCAGGGCGAUGCGCCUAUACCUCAACCGGCGGGUGACAGGACCGAAAGCGCAAAGAAUGAAGAGACGAAGCGAAAACCCUCACAACGAAAGGAUGGAACCUCGUUCCCAACACCCGUUCCCAAGGAAGAUCCCCCCCGGCGUCGCUCAAAGCGCUUAUCCAAAGAUAACGAACAACAAGAUAGAAACCCUGUCGAGAAAAGCGAGCGCAGGGAUGAAACGAAGAAGCGCAAAUAUAAUGUUAAAGAUCCCCCCAAACUGUCGCCAGAGAAGAAGGUGGACGAACCACCUCCGAAGCGACAAGAACAUCCAAAAGAGGACGCUCCUUCUACAGAGCAACAGGUACAUGCUUCGACCAAGAUUGCGCUACCUUUUGCGGACACGCCUGUCAUCAAACGAAAUAAAGCCAUGCGAGAGGGCAAAGCCGGCAAGGGCGAAAGAAGGAGUAGCUUGGGCAUGCGCGGGCGAAGGGCGAGUUCCCUCAUCGACUCAGGGAACUCCAGUGCCUUGCCUCAUCCCGAACUGGAUGUAUCGGACUAUUACAAGCACAUCGAAAGUGAGGGUCUCCCGGAGCCUAGACGGAUGAAACAACUUCUCAUCUGGUGCGCCGAGCGUGCUCUUGACGAAAAGCCAUUAGGUGCGGGAUUUGGGGAGGCCAGCGCAAUACAAGCAGCUCGAGUGAUCGAAGAAGAGUUACUGAAAGAGCUGGCGAACAGAUCCGAUCUGUCGGACUGGUUUGGCCGCGAAGAAGUACCCGUGCCAUCGGAACCACUUCCAGAACGGCCGAAUCCCAAGAACACGCAGAACAUUGAAAAGAUUGCCGAAUUGGAGGAGCAGAUUAAACGCUUGCGAUCCGAAAAAGAGGCACUGGAGAACUUACUACGACCUCCCAAGAUACCCAGCUUGCAGGAACUUGACGUGCCAACCAGCCCAUCGCAAGCAAAUCAAUUAGACAGAACACUCCUGGACGAGGCGGAUGCAACUGCCCUGGACUCAAUAGCUCCCCAGGCCUCGCCAACCGUGGAUCAAAUAUCACGGCGCCUAGGUGAUAUUUUGGAAUCGAUAGGCCCGACAGUCGACAAAUUCGCAGACGGAAUCCACAGGAUAGCGCAGUAUCGAACCGCAGCAGACGGCGUGGCAGGAAGAGCUUUAGCCAUAUGCGCCGAGAAAUUGACACAGCGAGAAAAAGAAGGGACGAAGAAAGCGCUGGGAGUACGAUCGGGGACCAGCCCCCCAAGAGAUCUUGGGGGAGUGCUUAGAAGUUUGAGCCGAGCGGACAGAUGA